UUUGCUGCCUCCAGUCGCAGCUGCGUGCUCGCAGGAGUGGAGCGGUGGAUUUUGCUGUAGCUGGACGGGCAUGACUCUCUCCGGUGGACAUCCACUCUGACCGGCAUUUUGUGUUUUUGGCGAACAGGAGCAUCCAGAACCACGUCGCGUCUUUGCUGAGGUUUCCUGAGGAGAAGCGGGUCGCCACAGACAGACUGAGGUUCGGCUGCGCCUUGAGCCCAUGAAAACAGGAGCUGGGGGAGAAAAGCAGGACAAGUCACAAUCAGUUUCACCUGAACAAAGACGAGCAACAAAGGGAUCCGCAUGGGUCAGGGGGAGGCUUCAGCUCGGGGGACGACCAUGGAGGGCGACUGCCUCAGCUGCAUCAAGUACCUCAUGUUUGUCUUCAAUUUUCUCAUCUUUCUGGGCGGCUCGUUCCUGCUGGGCGUGGGCGUGUGGGUGCUGGUGGACCCCACUGGGUUCAGGGAAAUUGUAGCGGCCAACCCCCUGCUGUUCACCGGCGUCUACAUCAUCCUGGGGAUGGGAGGCAUGCUGUUCCUGCUGGGCUUCCUGGGCUGCUGCGGAGCCAUUCGGGAGAACAAGUGUCUGCUUCUCUUCUUCUUCAUGCUCAUCCUGCUCAUCUUCCUGGCAGAGCUGGCCGCUGCCAUCCUCGCCUUCAUUUUCCGGGAACACCUGACCAGAGAGUAUUUCACCAAGGAGCUGAAGAGCCAUUAUCAGGGCUACAACAACAGCGACGUCUUCACCUCCACAUGGAACGCCAUCAUGACCACGUUUGACUGCUGUGGAGUGAACAGCCCAGAGGACUUUAAGGACAGCCUGUUCAGGCUCAACAACCAGAAUCACAUGGUGCCAGAAGCCUGCUGCCAGCGCAUUCCUCAGAGCAAAGAGCGGGUCUACUCCAGCCAGGAGCAGUGCCUAUCCGGCAAUACGGUCAUCCGCAACAAGGGGUGCUACUCUGCCGUGGUCGACUACUUCGAGGUGUACAUCUACGUCGCUGGAGCGCUGGCUAUCGUGGUGUUAACCAUCGAGCUCUUCGCCAUGGUCUUUGCCAUGUGUCUCUUCCGGGGAAUCCAGUAGAAGUGCUUCAUUUGCAAAUCGCUUUUUUUCUUGAACAAAAAGGGAAUUCAGGAGAAAACAACAAAACGGACAUUUGUAAAUUUGUGGAUCUGCUUUUUUUUUUUAUUGUCCAAUUGGUUUAAAAAACAAGAAGAAGAAGAAGAAAAAAAGGCAAACUCUUGUACUUCACAGCUGGACUUUUGAGGUACUGGGUGAUUUAAAAAAAACAACACACGGAAACCACUGAGAGAGUUUAAAAUCAAAGAUUUAAAAAAAAAAAAAAAACGAUUUGUGCGUAAAGUGGAAGCAGUAAUUAGUGGACCAGGUCUAGCACAGACUGGGUGUUAAGCCUGAGCAGAAGGCACUGCACUGACUUUUGGAUGAAGAAUAUUUAUAUAGAGUUACGUUGGCUCAACUGUAAAAACCGUGUUUCACUCUGAAUGGCAACCCGUCCCCGUUUUCUUACUGUGCACUGUAAGCAGCCGCCUUCCUCCACAUGCCCUUUUUUACUGCCACCUCUCAAAAUACUGUAAUCAUGUCGGCUCAUUAUUAUUGACCCUUUCCACGUGACGUCACGCUCUCCGGAACUCCGCCAUGACGGACGUCAGAACGACCAAUGCGCUCCGGUAAAGCCGGUAUAAAAACGGACACCUGCAACCCAAUACGUCGCUUCUGGUAGUUGAUUUCACUUAAAAGUGGUCAUGGGGUUGCUGCGCGGUCGGCUGCACAAACGGAGGAGGAUAGAAACCAAACUUGUCAUUUUAUUUUAUGACUUUUAAUGAGGAAGGAUACGGCAGCAGCCGUUAAUCAUAAUGACUUGCAGCUGUC